UUCAGGUCAUUUAUUUGAAAUUUAAUGUGCGUGACAAUGUUCUAAGAUUGUUACGAUAUAUUGAUAGCAUAAAUCUGUGCUUAGUGAAUACAUAUCCAUGAAAAAAUAAUGAACCAGUUAUAACAAUUUGAACACAUAACAAAACCAAGUUUUGAGGAAGAAAUAUCUUUUAAUUCAAAGUUUAUUUUUUUUUAACAUUUAGAGUACUUAUUGGAUUUUUUAUUAGAUUAUUUUUCAUCCAAUAAAAUCUAGAAUAAAAUGUCGCCAAAUACUGAAUCAAAUGUAGCAGCUGCAUUAAGUAACAAUAACUUAGAGGUAAAAGAAUUGAAAGGGCCAUGUUUGCCGAGGAAUAUUAAUAUUGAUAAACCAAGAUAUGACCAAAGUGUGUAUUGGAAUCGGGCACGACAUUUCUUUGGCACUACAAAUCUAAAUAUUUUUGCCACAAAUAGCCAGCUUGAACAUGCACGAGAAAUCGUCACUAAAUACAGAAAUGGAGAGAAACUACAUACAUUAACAGUGGAAGAUUUAUGGCGAGCUAAAACAUUAUAUGAUUCUGCUUACCAUCCUGAUACUGGUGCAAAAAUGAACUUAAUUGGUCGAAUGUCUGCUCAAGUUCCAAUGAAUAUGCUUAUUACUGGAGGUAUGAUGACAUUCUACAAAUCACCUGGUGCUGUUAUCUUCUGGCAGUGGCUCAAUCAGUCAUUUAAUGCUCUAGUCAAUUAUACAAACAGAUCAGGUUCUUCCGAAAUUAGUAAUGGACAAUUAUUAACAUCUUAUGUACUAGCUACUGGAGGUGCUUUGGGUACUGCUCUUACAUUGAAUAAAUUAGUAAAGCGGUUUCCUCCUGUAGUUGGCCGAUUUGUUCCUUUUGCAGCUGUUGCAGCUUCCAAUUGCAUCAAUGUGCCUAUGAUGCGUUUGCAGGAACUACGAAAUGGUAUUCAGUUAACAGAUGAACAUGGUAAAGACCGAGGUGCUUCUAAGGUUGCUGCAAGAGAAGGAAUUGCACAAGUCGUAUUUUCCAGAGUUUGUAUGGCUGCACCAGGAAUGUUGUGUGUACCAAUCAUUAUGAAUCAUCUAGAGUUAAGAGGUACUUUAUGCCGGUAUCCAUGGGCAAAUGCUCCAAUUCAAAUAGGAUUGGUUGGAUUUUUCUUAACAUUCGCAACGCCCUUGUGUUGUGCUCUAUUCGAACAAAGAGCCAGCAUUCCUGUGAACAGACUUGAAUGUGAACUUCAGGUAAUUUUGAAGAAGAAAAAUAAUUGUAAUAAAGUAGUUUAUUACAAUAAGGGUUUGUAAUUGAUUGUGCCAUAUAUACAUGUGAGAUUGAUUACGAAUUUAUAUGAAAACAUAUAUUUCUGUGUUAGAUUGAAAUAUAACCCCUGUACCUAAA